UUCCAUGGACACUCCAACUACUGGAAAAACUUAACGAAUACGCUGCUUUGCUGUAAUAUUUACCGUCAACAUCCCCAGCGGAGCUUCACUCACAAGAUGUGAAAUCGAUACGCUUUAUAGCUCUAAGAUCGUCGAACCCACGCAAACCUGUCGUAUUGUGUUUUAUAUCGGCUAGAGAGACAACGGAAACACGUCCACGCACCCUGGACUCAUGGUGCAUAGGCUAUUUCGUGUCCUGUUUGGAGGGACGCACGACGGAAAGUCCGUUCACUCCGUCACUCACAGCAUUUUCACCUUGUUCUCCCAGAACGAAACAUUGACUUUUAUGGAACGGGAAUUUACAGCUUCGCACAGGUGAUUUGAUGAAUUCAUAUAAUAAAACCAAGGAAACAGAGAAAGAUUUUUGUGUUUUAAAGCUUCUGAAAGUUCGCGCGGUCCUGAACAGCUCAACUGAAAGAUGCGCGCGGACUCAUACUACUAUGAGGUAUUGCCUCUAUUUAGUAAAUGUGGAUAUCUGUUGCUCGAGAACUGCUUCGACCACUAACGUUUAGCAGGUUGUUCUUUGUUUUGAGUGCUCGUGUCAUCCUUAUGAAAUCAGAGGUGUUGAUGUUUACCGAGUUUACCGGCGCUUCACGGGAUUCUGCAAUGCGAGAGUGGGAUUCAAACCGUUUGACAUUUCUUUGGAAAGCCAGUCGACUGUCAAAUUGCCAUUGAAUCAAAUCGAAUGAGUCGGCACCUGGAUUGCUGAGUCGGAAGCUCACGGCCUAUUGAACACAUUAGCACCUGUCACAUCAGUCCAGCCAAGGUCAUCGCUCCUUCCCUUCAUUCUCCAUCCGACUGUUAAACACCGAGUCCUGGUGCUCUGCUCUUCUAGAAUGGAGAGCCUAAGUGAGCUUCAGAACCCUCUUCUGGAUAAGAACAGCAAGCAUAUGGUGAUGGUCGACUAUGGCUAUGGGGGAGACUUCCACAGCAACCAGUAUCAGGAGAACAUUAUAAACUACUUUGUGACUGGUGGAGGUGGAGGAGGUGGCGGUGGAGGUGGGGUUGCGGUCACGGGAGGAAACGGCAAGGCUAGAGCCCAGCUACUGGAUGCCACCUCGCUUCACUUGGCAGUGGAGGCCUUUUAUAAGCCUAACUUCAUCCUAUACAAGGACGACGUGAGCGGCAAGGGCAAGGAUUACAAAAAUGAGUGCUGUGAGACCACCUUCAUGGAGAAGAAAGACAAGGACGUAGCAGUGGAGAUCCCCAGUACGGAGGACCCACAGGCUAAACUGAUGGAUGAAAACGAGGUGAAAAUCCAGACGGUGUCUUACGAGGUAGAGGAAGAGGAAUACGUGGAAUAUGAGACAGAUUGCUCCAGUGACAGUGAGAGUGAGGACAACUUCAUCGUCAUCCCUCCUCGUGAUCACCUGGGCCUCGCUAUCUUCUCCAUGCUCUGUUGCUUCUGGCCUCUGGGCAUUGCUGCUUUCUACUUUUCUCAGGGGACCAGCAAAGCCGUGACCAAGGGAGACUUCCCAUUGGCUAGCAUCGCAUCUAGACGAGCCUUGUUCCUAGCUGCUCUCUCCAUCACCAUUGGAACGGGGGUCUACGUGGGCGUGGUGGUGGCCCUCAUUGCAUAUCUGUCCAAACCAGGCCACAUUUAGCACAGCCAGGAGAGGGCUACAGGACUCCACGAUAUUACACAAUCGCCUCUGAACAUCUUUUUCUAAAUGUCUAGUUUCUCAUCCCUCACCGUGGACUGGCUGUCCACCCAGAUCAGAGAAAGGGAUGAACCAGAAGAAUAAUAUAUAAAUGUAAGCUUCAACUUGUGUCAAACCACACUGGAUAAAACUUAACUAAGUCUGAGAGCAGUUCGGAUGAAGAAUAUAAACCACCGACAAAUAAGCAAUCCAAUUAACCAAACCCAAAGGGGAGCUAUUCCAAAGGACACAUUUAAGGAUCAAAAGGGACUAAGUGCCCUUGGAUUUGUUUUUCCCUUUCCAACUGUGCUUCGUUCCAAACCUGAAAGAGAAGUCAAGCCAUUCUCAGUUUCUCUCUCAUUAUGUACUUACUCCGUUAAACCCUGUAUAUGUGGCCCAAUUAAACCAGCACUGCUGAAUAUACCAACCGCAGUCUGUGAGCUCCAUUAAAAAGGACAGAAUGUUGUCCAAAAUAACACAGCUUUGUAUGUUAUAAUAAGUGAAUGUGCUGUUCAAACACAAACUUAAAUGCUUAUGAUCGUGAUUCAGAGCUACAGGACAAGAAAUAACUAUCAAAGACAAUGCCGUCCACCUCUAGGAAAUUGAAAUUCAUCUGUGACAUUCAGGGUCACUUAUACACAACCUGUAUGCUAUUCACACUUAUUUAGGGCUCUAUGCUUUGUGUAAAUUCUGUCUUUUGUUUUAUCCAAAGUCCAAAUCUUCAUUUUGACCCAAGAUAAGUAAAAAUGGAUGAAGAACAAGGAAAACAAGUGUUUAUUUUUAAUUGGUAAGGAUUUGCUUGACUUUAACAGAUUUUUUUCUUUCACUCCCAGAUAUCUGAACUGAAUAUAAAUGAAACGACUUUACACGUGGAUGGUAUGGCGUCCUUCCACCACCCGAAUGCACCACUUAAUGUCCCUUAUGAUUUAAAGAAUAUCUUCAGAGUUGACAAAACUCAAGACAGAUGGUCAAAAAUUUACAAUAUACUUUCCUCAAAUCCUAAGAUGGAUGUUUGAACAAAAAAAGGCAGGUUUAGUUUUCAGGUGAAAGGGACUCAGAUUGAAUCUAUUAAUAAUGUAUUGGAUGUCUCUGAGCUCACAGGCAUGGGAACAAACACACAGGAUGGACAAACACAAAGGUCGACUAGGCUAUUUCAACAACAAUGGAGACUGAAUCUGGUGUAGUCAUCCACAUAAGAACUUCAAAACAUGAAAACUAUGGGUUCUUUGGUGGCUAAGUAGUGAUUCGAGGCUUGACUUGAAUUCCUGUGGUACACACAUCAUUUGGAAGCUAGUAGAAAUUAAACUGGCCACAUUUUGAAGUUAGCCAAUUGUACGUAACCUCCUAAUUGCUUCUCAUGGUGAUUUGAAAUACCUCAAUACAUUUCUAUUGAAUACCCUGAUUCUACACAAGCUUGCAUAUUUACAAUGUGAGGCUUUUAAGAGGUUGGAUUCACAAAACAUUCCUAAGAAGUAUAAAAAUCUUUGUGCUAUUUUCUUCCAUUUUUUUCCAACAAAAAUCACUGUAAGUAACCUCUUAAAGCAGGGGUCACUAAACUCUGUCCUGGAAGGCCGGUGUCCUAAAUAGUUUAGCUCCAACCCUAAUCAAACACACCUGAACCAGCUAAUCAAGGUCUUACUGGGAA